UAGCAGAAGCAAAGAAUCACAAGAGGACUGAGAGGUACUUGCUCUUCACCGUCAUUUCCUUCUCAUGAAACCCUUAAAGUUAUAAUCUUUGAUUCUUUUAGCUGUCUUAAAAGGUUAGGUGUUUAAAGGCGAUGGCUUUUCUGAGUAAGUUCGGAAACAUAUUGAAGCAGACCAAUGCUAAUGGUUCUUUAUCAAGCCCUUCGCUUUUUCAGGCGAUAAGGUGCAUGUCAUCUUCUAAGCUCUUUAUUGGAGGUAUGGAGUAUGGCAUGAAUGAGGAUAGCUUAAGAGAAGCUUUCAGCAAAUACGGUGAAGUUGUUGAAACAAGGGUUAUAUUGGAUCGUGAAACUGGUAGGUCGAGGGGGUUUGGGUUUGUUACAUUCACCUCUACAGAGGCGGCCUCUAGUGCUAUCCAGGCUUUGGACGGGCAGGAUCUCCAUGGCCGUAUUGUUAAAGUGAAUUAUGCACAUGAUAGAACAAGUGGCGGUGGUGGUUAUGGAGGUGGUGGUUAUGGAGGUGGUUAUGGUGGCGGUGGAGGCUAUGGAGGAGGUUCUGGCGGAUAUGGAGGCGGUGUUGCUGGUGGAUAUGGUACAAGCGGUGGGUAUGGAUCUAGUGGUUAUGGUGAGAGUUCAACGGCAAGUGCAGCAGGUGCUGUUGGUGGCUAUAAUGGAAGUGGUGGUUAUGGUGAAGGCUCAACUGCAAAUGCAGGUGCUGUUGGUGGCUAUGGUAGUGACAAUGCUUACGGUAGCAACAAUGGUGGAUUCGCUGGGGAGAACCAGGUUGGUGGCGACAACUCUCAGUUCAGUGGUGAGAAUACUCAGUUUGGUGGUGGUGGCCAAUCUGGCGGCGAGACUCAGUUUGGAGGCAUGGAGAAUGGAGCGGUUGGAGAUUUCGAAGAUGACACUGAUGUUGCCAAAAGAGCUUAAAGCAACUAUCAAAAUAUGUUGUCAAGAGACUUGUCUUAAAAAAAUUAUCCAUAGCUUUUCAUGAAUGAAACACUUUUAUCUUAGAAACAAUCUGCUUUUGCAUAAAUAAUUUGUAGCUUAAGAUUUGAUUCAGCUUUGUUUGUGGUCUGAUAUGAGAGAGUUUCAUCUG